AUGGAGGAAAAAGGGAAGAACAUCCCACAAGCUCAAGAAAGUUGUUAUCAAGGGUGGAUGAGUUUACAAUCCCGACGUGUACCUGAGCUCAAACAAGCCUUAGCUCAACGACGAUCUCACGAAGGCACCGCCGACGCUGCCGCCGAUGAUAAGAAGCUCCGUGAAUUAACACAAAACAUCAUUGAAGAUUUCAAAAAUUACGCCAGAAAAAGAGCUGAUCUUUCACAUCGAGGUAGCUCGAACUAUUAUGCGCCAUCGUGGAACACUCCUCUGGAGAAUAUGCUGAUUUGGUUGGGUGGUUGCAGACCAUCUUCUUUCUUUAGGCUUGUUUAUGCUCUGUGUGGGUCCCAAACUGAGAUCCGCGUGACUCAGUUUCUCCGCAACAUCGACGGUUAUGAUACUUCAGGUUGCGGUGGUGCAUCGCUUAGCGAUCUAACGGCGGAGCAGCUGGCUAAGAUCAACGUGUUGCAUGUCAAGAUCAUAGAUGAAGAAGAGAAGAUGACCAAGAAAGUCUCCAGCCUGCAAGAGGACGCGGCAGAUAUUCCCAUCUCCACCGUGGCUUACGCGGAGGAGCACGUGGGAGAGCCUAACGCGGCGGUGGAUCAAGCUCUCGACAAGCAAGAAGAUGCCAUGUCCACUUUAUUGGCGGAGGCCGAUAAUCUGAGGGUACAUACUUUAAGUAAGAUCAUAGAAACACUGACGCCAUUGCAAGCGGCAGAUUUUCUGGUGGCAGCAAAGAAACUUCAUCUUUCAAUGCAUCAGUGGGGAGCGGCAAGGGAUCGCCGCCGUCGUGAAUGUAUCAUUGAUAACGUAGAUGAUGCCGGAGGAAAGGAGGAGAAGUAG